CGGGCUCUCUUUCUUUCUCGCAGUGCUCAGUUAAUCCUGCUGUCAGUCGGUGUUAAGCAGCAGUCUCAGCGCUGGAUUCCCACAGAAAGAGACGCCCGAUCCCGAAGGCGCAGCAGAAGGGAGGCGAGGGAGCCAGCUAAAGAGAGCAGAGCGGGGGAAAAAUCAAAUCUAUGCUUGGAACUGGGCUUCUUUUUCGCCAAUGCAAAAGGGAAUAUGCAGCACAUUUUUGCCUUCUUCUGCACCAGUUUCCUAGGGGCGGUGUUAGGGGCCAAUUUCCCCAACAAUAUCCAGAUAGGAGGGUUAUUUCCUAAUCAACAGUCCCAGGAACAUGCGGCUUUUAGGUUUGCGUUGUCUCAGCUCACGGAACCCCCUAAGCUCCUUCCUCAGAUUGACAUUGUGAACAUCAGCGACAGCUUUGAAAUGACGUACACCUUCUGCUCGCAGUUCUCCAAGGGUGUCUAUGCCAUCUUUGGAUUUUAUGAGAGGCGAACCGUCAACAUGCUCACGUCCUUCUGCGGGGCUCUCCACGUCUGCUUCAUAACACCCAGCUUUCCCGUCGAAACGUCCAACCAGUUUGUUCUCCAGCUUCGCCCAGAACUCCAGGAUGCUCUUAUCAACGUCAUCGAACACUACAGCUGGCAGAAGUUCGUGUACAUUUAUGAUGCUGACCGGGGGCUGUCAGUCUUACAGAAAGUGCUGGACACUGCAGCUGAGAAGAACUGGCAGGUGACAGCUGUCAACAUCCUGACGACAACAGAAGAGGGCUACCGCAUGCUUUUCCAGGAGCUGGAGAAAAAGAAGGAAAGGCUGGUGGUGGUGGACUGUGAAUCUGAGCGGCUGAACGCCAUUCUUGGCAAGAUCAUCAAGCUUGAAAAAAAUGGGAAUGGAUACCACUACAUUCUGGCAAAUUUGGGAUUCAUGGAUAUUGACCUGACAAAGUUCAAGGAAAGUGGAGCCAACGUCACUGGCUUCCAGUUGGUGAAUUACACAGACGCUGUUCCAGCUAGGAUCAUGCAGCAGUGGAAGAAUAAUGAUGCCAGGGAGCAUCCUCGUGUGGACUGGAAGAGGCCAAAGUACACAUCUGCUCUUACCUAUGACGGGGUUCGGGUGAUGGCAGAGGCGUUUCAGAACCUGCGGAGGCAGCGGAUUGACAUCUCCCGUCGCGGGAACGCCGGGGACUGUCUCGCCAACCCGGCUGUGCCCUGGGGCCAAGGGAUUGACAUUCAGAGAGCACUGCAGCAGGUCCGUUUUGAGGGGUUAUCUGGUAACGUUCAGUUUAAUGAGAAGGGACGGAGGACCAACUACACCCUGCAUGUGAUUGAGAUGAAACAUGAUGGGAUCAGAAAGAUUGGUUACUGGAAUGAAGAUGAGAAGUUGGUUCCAGCAGCCGUGGAUACUCAAAGUGGCAAUGAGUCUACAAGUCUUCAGAACAGGACUUACAUAGUCACAACUAUCCUAGAAGACCCAUAUGUGAUGCUCAAGAAGAAUGCCAACCAGUUUGAAGGCAAUGAGAGAUACGAAGGCUACUGCGUGGAGCUUGCUGCGGAGAUUGCCAAGCAUGUUGGCUACCACUACAGGCUGGAGAUUGUCAGAGAUGGGAAGUAUGGAGCCCGGGACCCGGACACUAAAACGUGGAACGGCAUGGUGGGAGAACUGGUUUAUGGGAGAGCUGAUGUGGCUGUGGCACCAUUAACCAUCACUCUGGUUCGAGAAGAAGUUAUAGACUUUUCCAAACCGUUUAUGAGCCUCGGUAUCUCUAUCAUGAUAAAAAAACCUCAGAAGUCCAAACCAGGAGUUUUUUCUUUUCUGGAUCCUUUGGCUUAUGAAAUAUGGAUGUGCAUUGUUUUUGCCUACAUUGGAGUAAGCGUUGUCCUCUUCCUGGUUAGUCGCUUCAGUCCGUAUGAGUGGCACACCGAAGAGUUUGAGGAAGGACGGGACCAGCCAGCCAAUGACCAGACGAAUGAGUUUGGGAUAUUCAACAGUCUCUGGUUCUCCCUAGGAGCUUUUAUGCAGCAAGGAUGUGAUAUUUCUCCAAGAUCUCUCUCCGGCCGCAUAGUUGGUGGCGUCUGGUGGUUCUUCACCUUGAUCAUCAUAUCCUCCUACACAGCUAACCUGGCUGCCUUCCUGACAGUGGAAAGGAUGGUUUCUCCCAUCGAAAGCGCAGAGGACUUGGCCAAGCAGACAGAAAUCGCCUAUGGGACCCUGGAAGCUGGCUCCACUAAGGAAUUUUUUAGGCGAUCCAAAAUAGCAGUAUUUGAGAAGAUGUGGACAUACAUGAAGUCAGCUGAACCCUCCGUUUUUGUGAGGACUACGGAAGAGGGGAUGAUUCGGGUGAGGAAGUCAAAAGGGAAAUAUGCCUACCUCUUGGAGUCCACGAUGAAUGAGUACAUAGAGCAGCGCAAGCCUUGUGACACCAUGAAGGUGGGAGGUAACUUGGACUCCAAAGGCUAUGGCAUUGCAACACCAAAGGGGUCUGCACUGAGAAACCCAGUAAACCUGGCAGUGUUAAAACUGAACGAGCAGGGGCUUUUGGACAAAUUGAAAAACAAAUGGUGGUACGACAAGGGCGAGUGCGGCAGCGGGGGAGGUGAUUCCAAGGACAAGACGAGCGCUCUGAGUCUCAGCAAUGUGGCAGGGGUUUUCUAUAUCCUCAUCGGUGGGCUCGGACUAGCCAUGCUGGUUGCCUUAAUCGAGUUUUGUUACAAGUCCAGAAGUGAAUCAAAGCGGAUGAAGGGUUUUUGUUUAAUCCCACAGCAAUCAAUCAACGAAGCCAUACGGACAUCAACCCUUCCCAGGCCGGCUGCAGCGGGAAGCAGUGGAGAGAACGGACGUGUGGUCAGCCACGAUUUCCCCAAAUCCAUGCAGACGAUUCCGUGCAUGAGCCACAGCACCGGCAUGUCCCUGGGAGCAACGGGAUUAUAAUUGGCCUUUUGACCCAUUGCCUGGGUGCGAGCAGGGGCAGCCCAACUCCACCCCCUCCAGAGCCAAAAACAAACCCAACACCGACAAGACAAAUGACGAUGACAGAAGGGACAAUUGGAUGGAUCUUCUUGAGGAAAUCAAAUCUAUUUCCCUUUUUAUUUUGCAAAUAGAUCCACCGGCAGGAGAACAGCAACAGGUCUGUACGGCAAUAAGGAGAGCGUAAUGGGAUUUAACAGACUCAUGAACGGUCCCUGAUGAAAGAACCACUGGAACACUAAUGAGGACUAUGCCAUUUUGUUUUAACUUGGUUGUUAAUAAGUCUUAGUGUGUGCAAUAUAUAUAUUUUUUCUUACUAAUUCCUGUGGUGUCAGGGUAACAUCAGCCCUUUCCCCUUUCCCUGCUCAGCCCUUUAAUCUGGUUUAGUUUGGGAUGCAAACCAUAAUGUCUGAGCUACUAACAGCAAAAAGAAAAUCCGAUAAAUGGCAAGUUGAAGUCCCUACAGGGCAUCAGCAUUGACCCCUUUUGUCCAUCGUGAUUCUACCUUUGGUUGUUCUGGUAACUCGGGUGCAGAAUUAUUGCAACAAGACAGACAGAGCUGUGAACAGCUCUCCCUGCCGAAGGAAGGACUUGAUGCAAGGAAGAGCCUGAACAGAAACAUGAGGCUAUUUUACAGGGGCAAAGUCAACAGUGAGUUGGAAAUCCUGGGUAACUUGAGAACAAAGUGAUAAUUCUUCCAGAGAUGACGAGUGGCGGUUCCAGAGAGGAUCACGUGCCUGGAACGGAGAGCUUCAUGCAUGGCAGACUAGAGCAGAUCUAAGAUCAUGACAGGCUGCUGUUUAUGGAAGAGAGGAGGUAAAUGCAGCGUUCCCCUCACGAGCAACUCUCCUGCCUAGGUUAUUGGGAGCCAAUAAGCAAUUGUGAACCAUUUCUUCAUUGCUUAGCUUUGUGUGUGCUCCCUUGUUGUGGUCACAUGAGGGAGCCACCUCGAGCCGGAACAGACCAUCUCAAGAGCACCCACUUCUAGAUGGCUGCCUAUUAACCAAUAAAACAUGCUAGAAGUCAUGGGUCUGCAAUGGGAAUAUCUCCGGCUUUUUUCCCUGAAAUCCCUUUAUGGCCAUUUUUCUAAUUAAAAGGGACGUUUUGUAGAUAGUUGGCCAAGAUGGUUUCCUGGAAGGAACUACAAGGAAAUCCUACGAGAGCUUCAUUCAAGCGUCCGUGACAUUUGAUAGCAUUGGGGCUGGUCAGGCUCAGCUCUCCAGUCAAGAUAUGGCCUCUACUUUGGGUACAAAGCCAAAAGUAGCAGAUUCCUGCUCAUGUGUCCGUAGGGAGGGGGAAGCGUUCACAAGCCAGGAAAGCAGGUUGUUGAUCCCAAACUCAACAUUGCAGAAACCUGCGCCGCUGGACAGACAGCUGGGAGUCUAGCUGCAGGCACGGAGAUCAAAGGUGCAAGGAUAGUUUUCUAGGACCACAUAGAGGGUUUGUUCUGUGAAUCAUUGGCAUGGACAGACGAAUGUUUCCCACUCCAGUGGGCUUGAGGCACCUCCCUGGCAGUGAAGGGUUCCCAGGGGAGCACCUGAAAUCAGAAGAUCUGUGGGGCAGGGACCUGACCCACUCACCCUUGUCCCAGCUCAUAUAUCCAUCACAGAUGGCAAAGAAAGUUUGAAGUGUCUCACAGGAUGCAGUAGGAUCUGUCUGGGGACAGAGCUGCUACUGGAGGGUGCUGAGCUGCUUUUUUCUCUUUUUUUUCCUUUUUUUUUUCCUUUCUCUUUUUUUCCUGUAACAAGAAGGUGCAACAUAGCAAGUGAGGAGCAGGAAGAGGAAGAUGAAGAGAAAGUCAUGCAGGCAAAUGACUGGCAGAGGCCUAUGAGGAGGAUCUGUCUAUGCAGCUGUCCAUAAGUACAACUAGAAGCUGCCUGAACACCAGUUUCUAUUAGUGUAUAAAUGUCUGCACAGAGCAAUACGCUUACCGCCUUUAACAUGAGCCUGGUCUGAAGUAUCUGCUCUGUUUACCCACUUGUCCUACAACCACUUUUUGGAGACCAGCAAGUCAGAGUCAAGAUCUUAAGCUCCGGCACAGCAUGACUUGUGCCCACGUGUUUUCCUCCCUCCUCCACUGGAAACCUUUGUGAUCUCCAUCUCCCAUCUCCCAGCACAAGCACUGUCAUCACUCACUCCAAACAGCUCUCCAGGUCACUUUGUGUUGUUAUCAUUAUUUUUAAUCCGUUUUUCUUUUCUUAUUUUUGACUUCAGUUCUGUGUAAACGCUAGUGUGGUGGAGGCAUCCCGAAAGCUAGCCUACUUCUGCACCCAGACCCCCGGAUGUAUGUCCUGCCCUGGCCCUUGCCGCAGCCCGGACCUUGCCGCAGCCCCACACGGCCAAGGGCUGCAGUGGGAGUAGACGGCCAAUACCCGCUUUGGCCGUGGUGUCCCAUCCACCUCCAGAGACACUAGCGCCUUUGCGGCAGGUCAUGGGGAGACCUGCCAGCAGCCGCCUGGGCCGCUAGCCGGUUACGUGGGAAGCAGCAUGUCUGCGACAGGACUGGCCAACUGCGACGUGAAGAUGUGAGAAGCAGUCUUCAAAGGUUUUUGAUCAGUAGAGGGGUUAAAAAAAAAAGAGGAAUAGGACAAAAGCGUGGAAAAAUGUUAACUUGUAAUAUGUAUUUUUACUACACUUUUCUUAAAAAUAGAGUAAUGGUAAAACUCUUAAAGACAUUGACAUUUUUUCUCAACAGGAAUCCAUAUUUAACAGUUUUGGCUUUCAUUAAAUUUUGCUCUUUGGUACCUGGAUCUUUUAUUUAACAGCUAUAUUUGUUUUAACUCUCUUUUUUAUUUUCUUCUUCUUUUUUUUUGGCAGUUCUGCAAAGGAUUUUGCUUGAUCACACUCAGCAAUAUUUUUCUUUUCCCAUUUUCUUUUUUUCAAGUAACAUUCUUAUUGGUAUUUAUUAUUUAUCCAAAAAUGAAAAUAUCAGCUGGAAUUUUAGCACCAAGGAUCCAUGAAUCAUUUUUCGUACCUGUCCAUGCCAUUUUGUGCCAGUGCUGGAUGUGUGGAAAUGAAAAUGAUGUUACCCCUCAGGCAAUAUCAGCCAACCUGAAUCAAACGAGAUUUCCUUGAUUAUUGCUGUGUCUGACUUGUGAACAGCAGCCAAAUAAACUGCUUCAGGUUGAAAUUGGGAAUCUAUCUAAUAUUUACCCAAGAGUCAGGAAACUAAACAUUCAUUGGGUUCAAAGUUAAGGAUUUUCCCUCUUGUUUGGAGUUUUGAGGGAUUACUUUUUGAGGAGGGCUGUUUGAGGAUUUUAGCUUGUUUUUACAAAGAGAGAAGAUGUAGUCAGCUCAGCGAUAACUCAGAACCAGCACUGGUCCAAAAAUCCUCCCUAGUAUGGGCUUUCCUAGGAGCUGUCAUGCUAUUUCAGCAGCUGGGGCAUUUAAGAUAUUUCUAACUCAUUUUUCACACAAUUAUACUGCUAAAUUCCUCAUCAAAAAGUCUUCUAAGUGGAAAGGAGAGUAGGAUUUAAAGGAGAUUGGUUAUGCAGAUGCUGACAGCUACUGAGGUUAACUGUAAUCAUUAAUGUCACGCUCUGAUGUAGCACUUGGUGUCACAGAUCUGAAAGGACUUCCCUUCCCCAUGUCAUCCCUCCCAUUUUACAGCCAGGGAGACAGAGACGCUGAAGUGCCUCGGAUCAGGAAUCUCGGCUCUCCCUGCAGGGCAGUGGUUGUAGAUUGAGGCGUCCAACGGUCAAGAGAGUUUUUUACCCCCCGGUAAGUUUUAAAGAUAGAGUCAGCAAGGAGCAGAAUGAAUAUGUUUUGAAAGGGGAUGCAAACCCUCAGGCCAUGAAACUCGAGAGACUCCCAGCACAUGGGGCCUGAAGGGAAGCUUUCCGGGGCAGACGGUGUUGCAUCAGCCCGUUUCAGUCUUCCACACCUGCCUUAGGCAUCCAGUGCUGCACUGUGGGCUUGGAACCUGUCUGAAAACACUAUCUGUGCUGUGUGGUUCACUCCUGCUUCCCAGUGCAGUUGCAGAGAUGCACAAGAAAUGUUCCUUUAUGCCUUGACAAAAGCAAGUCAUAAUCCCCUUGUACUGGUAAAAGCAGUGUAGGAAACUUGUAGGAAACAGGGCUGAAUGCUCCAGCAAGGAUCCAAAGCCAUCUGCAGCAGUCAUGGAAGCUGAAAGCACCAAGCCCUGCAGCAUGAUAGGUGAGGAGCAAAUGCAUGAGUCAGCCUGCGCUGUACUCUGGGGGCCGUAACCCCUGCCCCAGGGCACAGGCUGAUUUGGCUGGACUUGUUUGCCUGAACUCCUAUCUGCCAGCAAAUGUGAGGAAAACGUACUCGUCUAAGCUCAGUGCAGGAAUAGGGCAGGGCUGUGAGCAGGUACAACAGCAUCUGCAGUGACCCAGGGGAUGCCACCAACCCCUUCAGCUCCAGCACAUACCUCUUUGGAAGGGUUUGGGAGCCUUGGGGAUGUUUGCACUGUGAACACAGGCUCCUACUAGACUUUUAAAGAAAGGCACAGUCACCCACUCCUCACAUGUGGCUUGAUGUCCCCAGGAGACUGUUUUUGUGCACGUUUCGAACUAGCAUGUUGUUCCACCAUGUCAGAGCCCAGACAACCUAGCCUGGUGGUGUGCAGUACCCUGCCCACAGACACGGAAGAAGCCGCAGCAUGGCUCUGGGCUUAGCUAGCAGGGUUGCUCCAGAGCAGCCUGGUGCACAUUAGGGAGUGUGGAGUAAACGCAUUAGUCCUCAGAGCCAGGUGGCUCGGUCUCCAUUCCGAUCUCGUGUAGCUGCUGGCUGCCUCAAGCACGGACCACCCUGCUGUCUCCGCAUUGCCUGCAGGCACGAAUCAAUCGGGCAGCACCAUCACUGCUCUGGCGUCCUAGAAGCCCACUGCUGGCUGUGGCCCCAUGCUCACAUCUCUCGUGCCCCCUACAUUAAUGGCAGGGACCCAGCGACAUCCUGGUGCCACACACAGUGGCACGUCAGCCCGCAGCAGAGCAGGGCUUCUGGGGGCAAAACCCACACACAGACCUUGGCUCAGGAGGUGCCAGAGAGCGGCUUGGGCUCCAUAGAAACGAUCAGUCUUGUUACCUGAGCUUCCUUACCAAGAUGACCCCCUGCCAGCUUGCUUCUUACGUGGAGCAGCUCUGCUUUUUUCCAGGCAUAUGGUCCCAAUGGCUUGAGAGUGCGCGAGGGGUGAAAGCGUGCCAGCAGCUGGAGAAGUAGCCCGGAGUAGACCCUGGAUACGCACACGGUGGUUACCUUAUCCCAGAUAACUCCACAUCAGUGCAUAGCUUUAGGCAGCAAAUGACUUCCCUGCCUGGGAUGGCAGCAGAGCUGGGACUGCAGCUCUGCACAGGGGCUGAGGGAUCCCGUAACCCCUUACACUGCUGCUGUCGGUGGCAAGGAGCCUGUCUGCAGGGCGGUGCUCGAGACUGCGCCACGCUGCAGGGUCCCGGCUGUCCCCAGGGUCACUGCAAAGGGGGUGGCAGAAGUGAGGAGAUUAUGUGAGCAUUACAGACAAAGAUUUACAGAACUGAAUGAAAACUGAUAUGCUUUCGGCGGUCAUCAGAGGGAAGGCAGGGUGGAGCUGGGCAGGGUGCUGGGCACGAGCGCUCUUCUAGCAACAGCUUCUUGCAGCACGAUGCUUCUGUCCAGGGUGAAAGCAGAGAUCAGUGUUCAUCAGCUGGGAAGAGUGAGUUGCAAAUACCACAUGAAACCUGGGUGAAAAAUCUGGCAAUCUAAGGUUAAGUGUGUUAUUCAAUGUGCUAACGCCAGGGCGUUUCCUCAGCAAUACAAAUCUGCUUGAAAAAAAAGAGAGAAAAAAUUAGAAGAAAAGCAAAUACAAUCAUGUUUCCCAGGAUAGUCAGGAUAGAUUUACAGGAGUCACCAAGGGGCAGCAGAGCCCUUUCCCUGGAAGGACACAUCUUGCGAAGAGGAGCACCGCUGUCCAGCAGUCAGCAGGAGGCCGGAGGCAGCAGUCAGCAGGAGCGCCGGCACCACAGCACUUACGGCACGCAGCGGGCAGUGCCCUGCUCCAGCCUGCGCAGGAGAAGGGGGAUCUCAGUGAGGGAUGGGGAUGUUACAGGGGGCUGCGAUCUUGCAGAGCGCUGAGGCGUCUGGCUGUGCCCUUAGGCUGGCGUUACGCUGGUGCACGCUUACCCCGAGGCGGCAUCGCUGCUCCGAGGCUGGAGGGCAGGUCCGGCUGCGGGAAGGAGAGAGGCUGGGCUGGUCCUCACCUCCUCGGAGCAGGCCCCCGAGGGAGCUCACCCGCCAGCGCGUGCAAGGGGAGAGCUGUCUCUGGAGCAGCAAAACGUGGUAAUCCUUCCCUCCGGAGGGGAUAUUGAGAAGCUUAAUUAGCUAAUAUUUCCACAUCUCUUUCUCAUGUACUAAUUACAUGGUACACACAUACACACACACAUACACACACAUGUUCAUGCACAGUUAUUAACAGUAGCCUUUGAUAGCCUAAAUUAGCUGUCAAGGUACCUUUUGAUUCCUAAGGAUCAAUAUGGUAUAAUGUAACAGCCACAAAGUAUGUUCAUUACUCUGCAGGGAUGGUUUAACAUGCUCUCCAGAUCCCUUUGGCAGUAAUUCCUCCUCUGUUGUAGCUGGCAUCAGAAUUAAUGGCAUGUCGUGUUCUAUAAGUCCUGACUUUUUAGAUGAAAGGUACACGGUGUUGUUCGCAUCAGUAUUACAGUGUAAUAAAUCAAUGCUUUCCUGUUGGAAGGAUUUCA